CUUUUCUUUGGCGGGAGAGCAGUCAGUCAGUGGAGUUACAAAUUGACCGUGCACACACAAGACAUUUCGUUGCAGUUUCGUUAGAGAGUGAAUACUUCCAGGCACGUCAGUGUCUCUUUACUAUCCGCAGCUGACACUUCAUACACCUAUUUCUCAUAUGAUAUCACACAGUAUAACCGUGUGCGUGACUCGACGGAAUUAGGUAAUCGCAUUUACUCUCUGCGUUCACACGCACACACAACGUGAGGUAUUACGCAAAGUGUACUGGAUUAUAAUCGAAUGCGAGAAUUAUUGUUACACGGAACAAUAAUUCAUCCGAAAUAAACAUGAAGGUGCUGUCGGUUCUCCUCGCGAUCUUAGUGACCUGCGACCAAAGCGCCAAUGGAUUCCGGAUCCUUGGCGUAUUUCCGCUUCAUGGUCAUAGUCACUGGGUCAUGAACGAACCUCUGAUGAAGGGUUUGGCGCAACGUGGUCAUCAAGUGGACGUGAUAACGCACUUCCCGCAGAAGAAGCCGGUACCGAAUUACACGGAUAUCAGUCUGUUCGGUAGUUUGCCGAAUGUUCGGAACAAUAUCUCCGCGACGGAAAUCCAGGCGUUUGGCGGUUUGUCUAUGAAGCAUUUGACCGAGAUUGCCGGGAAUAAUAUUUGUGAGCUGCUAGCCCAUCCGAAGAUACAAGAUCUAAUCAAGAACCCGCCGCAGGAUCCUCCCUACGACCUUGUUAUUGUAGAGGUGUUUAUGGCGCCAUGUUUUUUGGCCUUCGGCCGUCAUCUCAAAGUCCCGCUCGUCGCCACGGUAACCUGCAGCUUCCACGACUGGCUCAACGAGCUGUCCGGCAACUCGUUCAAUCCCUCCUACGUACCGAGCCUCUUCUCGUCGUUCGGACAACACAUGAACUUCAAGGAGCGCAUGCUGAACUUCCUGACGUCGCACCUUAUCUCCGCGCAGAUCCUCUACCACACGGAAUUUCAGGCCGAAUACUUGAAGAAGUACUUCGAUAUGCAAGACACGGCCAUCAUGGACCUGUACAGCGACAUAUCUUUGUAUCUGGUCAACUCGCAUUACUCGUUGAGCGGAAUCAGACCGUUGACCCCCGCCAUCGUCGAAGUGGGCGGUUUACACGUCAAGAGUGACAAUGUUUCACUCGCACCGGAAGUGCAGAAAUGGCUGGACGAAAGCAAGGACGGCUGCGUGUACUUCACAUUCGGUUCUAUGGUCAGGAUCGAAACUUUCUCUAAGGAAUUGAUGGAAGAAUUCUAUGCGUCGUUCAAGAAGAUCGCGCCGGUUCGCGUGCUGAUGAAAGUCGCGAAAAAAGAAGACCUACUGCCGGGAUUACCGGAUAACGUCAUGACGCAAUCUUGGUUUCCACAAAUCGCUGUGCUCAAGCACAAAAACAUACGGGCUUUCAUUACGCACGGCGGUCUCAUGGGCACGCAGGAAGCGAUCUAUUACGGAGUCCCUAUGAUCGGCAUCCCCCUGUUUGGCGAUCAGAAAAUCAACAUUCAGUCUUACGAGAGGAAGAAGAUAGCUAUCUCGCUAAAUUCGGUACAAGACGUCACCGAGGAGAAAUUAACAUCGGCGCUAAAUAGCAUCCUGAAGGAUCCCACCUAUCGUGAAAACGUGCAGUACUUCUCGAAAUUAUUCGUCGAUCGUCCUUUGAGCCCCCUGGAUACAGCUAUAUUCUGGGUGGAAUACAUUAAGAAAUAUGGGAACUUCCUCCAAUCACCAGCCAUGCAGCUCUACUGGUGGCAACGUCAUUUAUUGGACGUUUACGCCUUCUUGCUGCUCAUCGUCAUUGUGGUGCUUCUGGUCGUGAUGUUUAUUCUUCGGAAACUCAAGAGGCUCUUGUUCGGUUCGCACGUGUGCACAAAGAAGGACAGUGCGGCGAUCAAAGCGAAGAAGAACAAGUAAAGAGAACGGGGAACUCCUUCUGGGAUUUUAUACACGAACUUCUGUUCGCCACUUGCGAGAGAGAGAGACACGGCAGAUAGAAACGAAUCGUUAGAGUAGAAAAAUAUUUCUCUUUCCCUCCCUCUCUCUCUCUCUUCUUCUCUCUUUACCCCUCAGUAAAGCGAGAAGCGCAUGUAGCGUUUUAAUAAAGUGCAUUUUUAAUUGAUUGUAUUAUAUAA